CGAGCGUUCUUCUCGGUCUUGUACGGAGAAGCACGUGUGACUGGACGGUUUCUACCUGCGCCACUCUACCGUUAUCAGCUUUACUGUAAAAACAACCUCCAGUCAUGGUCAAGCUUGCCAAGGCAGCUAAAAAACUAGCGCCUCUGAAGAAAAAGGCACCUCCACCUCCCAAAGAAGUGGAAGAAGAAUCCAGCGAGGAGGAGAGUGAGGAUGAGGAGGAAGAGGCGCCACCAGCUAAAGCUGUAGCAAAGAAGAAAGCGGCUCCGGCGAAGGCAGUGAAAAAUGGAAAAGCUGCUGCCAAACAGGAGAGUGACGAUGACGACGAUGAAGAAUCUGAAGAGGAAGCUCCUCCCCCAAAGAAGGCAGCACCUGCCAAGAAAGCAGCGCCUGCUGAGGAGUCCGAUGAAGAGGAUGAUGAUGAUGAUGACGAAUCUGAGGAAGAGCUGCCUCCACCACCCAAGAAGGCGACUCCAGCCAAAGCCAUGAAGAAAGCAGCUCCUGCAGCCAAAGCACCUGCUGCGAAGGAGUCUGAGGAGGAUGAUGAUGACGAGGAAGAUGAUGAUGAAGAAGAGGAAAUGGACACGACUCCAGUGCCCAAAAAGGCAGGAAUGGUGAAGGCAAAGGAGGAAUCUGAAGAGGAUGAGGAUGACGACGAAGAGGAUGAUGAUGAUGAUGCGCUGGAGAACUGCAACAACACAGAAAUCGAGGGCAGAAAUAUCAGAUUAGAGUUCAGUCAGAGUGACCGAGACCGAGGAGGAAGAGGAGGCUCUGGACCUACAAAAACCCUUUUUGUCAAAGGCCUGUCAGAAGACACCACAGAUCAGUCUCUGAAAGAGGCUUUUGAUGGAGCCGUCAGCGCCAGAAUCGUCACAGACAGAGACACUGGAUCAUCUAAAGGGUUUGGUUUCGUAGACUUCGAUAGCGAAGAAGACUGCAAGGCGGCCAAAGAAGCCAUGGAUGAUGGAGAGAUCGACGGAAACCGAGUCACUCUGGACUACGCGAAGCCCAAAGGUGAGGGUGGCCGAGGGGGCGGCAGAGGUGGCUUCGGGGGAGGUUUCGGAGGAGGUUUCGGAGGACGCGGUGGUGGACGAGGUGGUUUCGGCGGCCGAGGGGGCGGCAGGGGCGGUGGCUUCAGGGGAGGACGAGGAGGAAGAGGCGGUGGACGAGGUGGAUUUGGAGACCGACCACAAGGGAAGAAGAUCAAGUUUGAUGAUUAAGUCUGUAACUGAACUGUUUCCAUUUGCUUAAAUCCACAUUGUCAGAGCGUUUCUAGGACAUUCCAGAAAGCAUCAGUAACUGUACAGUGACCCCCGACCCCUCGCUCCCUUUUAACUGUGUGAGUUCUGAAACGUCCCAACCAU